AUGAGCACCACGAUAGAUGUUGUUCACAUUUCCACUAGAAAUGGAACUUCUCCCAGCCACAAAAAGCACGAAAAAUCCUCUUUACGUUUUAAUGUGUUUUCUUCUAUAGACCAAAAGUAUGAGCAUCACUUGAAAAAUCUCAUUCACAGUUUCAAGGUUGGACUUGCAUUGGUGUUGGUUUCACUUCUUUAUAUCCUUGAUCCACUCUUUGAGCAAGUUGGCGAAAAUGCAAUGUGGGCUAUUAUGACUAUUGAGGUUAUCUUCGAGUUCUUUGCAGGUGCCACAUUAAGCAAAGGGCUACUUCGUGGAAUUGGAACUGUACUUGGAGGUGGACUCGGGUGUUUGGCAACAAUAUUGACAAACAAUUUAGGAAAGAUUGAAAAUACAAUAGUUGUUGGGAUUUUAAUAUUUACUUUUGGUUCCAUGGCAACAUUCUGUCGUUUUACUCCAAGUAUAAACAAGAAGUACGAUUAUGGAGUUGUAAACUUCAUUCUUACCUUUAACCUGGUAGCAGCAUCCGGUUUACAUGCUCAUGAAAUAAUGGAACUUGCCCAUAAACGUCUUUCUGCGGUUGGCAUGGGCUUUUCUGUCUGCAUAUUCAUCAGCUUACUCAUCUUUCCCAUGUGGGCUAGCGAUGAACUUCAUCAGUUGACCUCCUCCAGAUUUGAUGAACUAGCUUCUUGCAUCGAGGAAUGCAUGGAAGCAUACUUCUGCAUAGUCGGUCAAAAGGAAAGUCGGCCAAUCCUUCAUGUCAGCAGUUGCAAGUCAGUGUUGUACUCAAAGUCGAGUGACGAAUCAUUGGUGAACUUUGCAAGGUGGGAACCCUGCUGGGGAAAUUUUGGAUUUUGCAAUCCUUGGGAGAAACAUCAGAAGAUAGCAGACUUGUUAAGGGGGCUCGCUUCUAUUAUUCUGUCGAUGCAACAAUGUCUUGAAUCUCCAUUACAGCCCUCAACAAUACUGCGAGAAGGAAUCAAAGAGCCGUGCCAAAAUGUUGGGUUGUCACUUGGACUUAUAAUACAUAAGCUAGGAGAAAGCGUAAGGACAAAGAAAAGAAACUUGGAUAAGGACCUUGUAGCGCCAGAAUUACAAGCCAUUAAGCUAAAGUUAAUGCUACUUUCGACUUCAACGCUACAAACUAUCGAAAAUAUUGAAGAUCUUGCUAUAGCAAACUUCUUGUUUCUACUACUGGAGAUAGUUGAUAAAGUGGAAGUCAUAGCUAAAGAAGUCGAAAAACUUGAAAGUGGAUGCUUGAUUUCAAUCUGA